GAUGGCGGAUUGUACACAAUAUGAAAUUUCUAAAAAAUCGUCUUUCCAUGAUACAUUGUGGGCUUUAAAAUCAACGAAAUACAUUUCUUUGCUGCAGAAUCACUCCCCAGAUAUUUACGAGACAUUGCUUCGGCAGGAUUUACUUGCAUUUAUUGAAAAUUUGAAGAGAAAUUUGGAAGAGUUGAAGGACGAACAAGGUUCAAACGGAAAAUUAAAAUCAGAGAAAAGAGACGAAAUCCUUUUGGAAUUAAAUGUAUUAAGAGACGUUUUUACGACCCUCGAAUUCAAAUUUGUAACUCGCUCGUCAAAAAUGGCAUUUUUCAAAUCGAAUUUCGUAAAUGAGAACGAGUUAUUUCAACUUUUGCUAAACUGUCUUAACUGUGACGAUCAGUUCAUUGCAUUUCAAAGCCAUUGUUGUUUAGUGCAACUGGCUAAAUGCCUACCAGAUGCCUCAGUGUGUAGGGUUAUUGAUAAGCUGGUCAAUUUUGGCAUGUCUCGACAAAGGCAUCUAGCCUGUAGUUGGUCACUGGUCUACACAGUUGAAUUGAUUAAAGAAAUCUUUUUAGAGUCAGAAAAUAGCACGAAUGUUUGUGAAAAGAGUUCUCCAUCACAUGAAUCUACCACAAAAUAUUAUAUUCCCAAUGAUAAAAAAGACGUACCCUAUGUUUUGUUUUGUCAUUGGUUGAAAUUGACUGAUCAUAUUUUGGUAAAUUUGCUGAAAUCUUUGAGUGGUAUGCAUACAAAAUCUUACAAGUUCAAGCAACAGCCUUGUUUUCACAGUUUUCAGCAAAUUCUUACCACUCUACUUUCUCUGGGAAAAAUACUAUUUGCAUCAUGUGAUCCCCUUGCGUCCAACCAAAUCUUAGGAAUCGAACAACUUGAAUCAGAUGAGAGAAGUUGUACUUUGGCUGCAGCAGAAGAAUCUAAAUUUAUUGAAUGCAAAAAAGAGUCAGCGGAAACAGAGUUUAAAAGCUUGUGUGAGCUUAAAAAAUUACCCUCAAGAAGUGUUGACAAAGCUAACAAUGGUUUGCAGCUGACAAUGUUUAUUGAUAUCAUUUCUAAACUCCUUCAAGUCAACCUCAGUGAAUGCUCGUUGCAUUUCCGACGUACAAUUUAUCAAUUUUUCCUGGAGCUGGCAGGUUCUCUAAUGACUGAUUAUAAAGACAUGAACCGUGAAAUGUCCGAACAAAGAAAUGUGGAUGCCAAAGAGUGGAUCUGUCAUACCAUACUCAAUAAAAACCCACUUCUACUCACUGGUAUACCAUUAUGUCACGGCAAGUCAUAUUUUGGUGGUGUUGGAGGUGAAUGUAUGGCAAGUGCUUGUCAUAGCAAACCAGUUUCUGAUGAAGUCAGUUCAAGAAAAGCUUUGCUUUUAGUUGUUAAAGUCAUUAUGGUGUCAAAUGUUGUUGAUUCAAAGGCCACGCCACAAUCUCAUCUUAAAUAUUGGAUGGAUUAUGUCAAGAAUAUAUCACAACCAAAAUCGACGACAUUUUGGUUAAUCAACUUAUUUUCUGGUCAAGAUGACGAACUAGUUGAAUUACUCUACUGUCUUCUAAAGCUCUACCUGGAGUAUAAUAAUGAAAGCGAAAAGCAGAUUAUACCUGAAAUACGUGAUAUGUGGAGCCAGCUUAAUCCUCACGUGCUUUUCUUGCAAUUUAUGAAGUCAAUUGACUUCGACAAUUCAUUAUUGCUCGAUUUUUUGAUAUCAAACGAGACACAUUUUUUGAUGUACUUUCACUGUUAUCUUCGAUACCUGGCCAAUGAUUGGCAAUGUUUUGUCCAAUUAGCACUGCUGGAAGACAGAGUAGUUAAAACUAUUGAUUGUGAAGAAAGUGAUGAAGCAAGUGAUCAUUUGGACGCCCGUAAUGAUGAACCUAUUAACGGUGUCAGCUUUUAUAACUUUGCUGCCGAUGUUGAUGAGAAUAGCAUAGAUAUUGAAGCAACUAUUGCUGCUGAUGAUUAUGUUGACGACAGUUUUAGUACUGAUGAUGAAAAUAACGAGAUUGAUUAUUGUGGUGUCAAUAUGGAUGACGAUAGUGGUGACAUCAAAACGUAUGAAAAUAAUGCCCGUAUUGAAGAUAAAAGUAUGAAAGUUUGCAUGAUUGAUCACGUGAACACGAGCGAUUUUGAAAGUGCUAAUGAUAAAAGCAAAUGUACCGUCAAUAAUGAUGAAACUCAAGACUGUUUUGUUACUGGUAAAAAUAAAGAUAAUAGAGAAAAUAUUGAUAAUAGUCACAUAGCUAUCAAUAAAUACAUUGAAAAUCAUGUUCAGGCGAGCAGUAUUAAGGACAAUGUAAUUAAUCAUAGUAGAGAUGUUAGUAAUUUUGAUCUAUCCAGAAAAAGUUCUGUAGACCAGACACUAUCAUGUUUGAUUCGUCUACGUUUUACUAUUGAUCGUAUGACAUGUAAAGGAAUAUUUCCCUAUCCUGUUGAAGCUUUGGUUAGAAUUAUGAAGUACGUAGAAGCUGUGUACGAAAAUUUUGAAGAAAAUUUAUUGUAAGUUUGUUUUUCCUAUAUUGAAGCAUUGUUAGAAGCUAAUGUAUUAUUGAGUCUUUUUAUGUUCCAGAGACUGUAACAUACUUAACACUUAAAAUGCCAAACAGCGUAAACGUAUGUUGUAAAUUUUUGAUAUUGAUAUUUUUUGUUUCGGAGAUCACGUUUUAAAUCUGUUGUAGAUAGUUAAUCAUCAUAUUUCUUUCGCGUUUGAAUUACAAUCAGUUCAAUUCAAACCUA